AUGGCCGCCGGAAGCCAGGGGCCCUGUAGCUUCAGCCUAGACGCGGCCCGCGAUGGGGCCGGGCUGCUCAGUCUGCACCUCAACAUCUCCGGGCACCACCUGCAACUACACCGCUCCCUUGUCGGCGUCAUCACGGUGGAUGGUGAGCACUGCCGGCUGCCCUGGGUAUUGGCAGAGGGCAGGGCCUGGGCCACUUUGGAGGGCCGCCAUGUAGUGGUAUACACGGCCUGCGGGCUACAUCUCAUGUAUGACUGGGACAGCCAGAUGCGCCUGACCGUACCAUCCACCUUCCAUGGCCAGCUGGUGGGGAUCUGUGGGGCCUUUGGUGGCAAAGUUGGCCCCCUUGGCUUACCUCCAGACAAAAGGUCCUGGCCCAAGGGCCUGGUCACUAACCCCUGCCCGCUGCCCCAGCCCAAUCUUGACUUUAGCAUCAGCUGCCCCACGCAACGUGCCCAGAUCGUCAAUGCUCCUGAACUAUGUAGACUUCUACAGGCACCCGAUGGUCCCUUUGGCCGCUGCCUGGACCAUAUCAGCCCCAAGCCUUUCCUCAGGAUUUGUCUGCAAGACAUAUGUCAUACCCAAGGCCAGCACCUUGGUGUCUGUGAUGCCCUCACAGCUUAUACAGCAGCCUGUCAGGAAGCUGGCAUCCCUGUGACACUCUGGAGGGGCCCCAAGCUUUGCCCCAUGGCUUGUCCACUCCGAAGCCACUACAGCAUCUGUGCACGGACCUGUGAUGGGGGCUGUGUCGAGCCUACCAGCCCUGCGCACUGUUCUCCCCAAUGUUACGAGGGCUGCGAGUGUGACCCUGGACUCAUUUUUGAUGGCACAGACUGUGUGUCUCAGGACCACUGCGGCUGUUUUCACAGUGGACGCUACAUCCCUGUUGGGGAAUCUCUGGUCCUACCUGGCUGCCAGGAACGCUGUAUGUGCUUGCGUGGUCAAGGCCUCCAGUGCCAGCCCUUUUCCUGCCCACAGGGCACAGGCUGCAUCCUGAAAGGGGGUGUGCGGUCCUGUGAAACUGGGGAGGGUGCUACAUGCCACCUCGAGCCGGGGGGCCACUUCACCACCUUUGAUGGCUUUAGUGGGCUCACACCCAUGCCUGUUACAUCCUGUGCCUAUGAGCUAGCCACAGUGGUGGGUUCCAGAACUGAGGAUCCUGACUGGUUCCAUGUCAUUGCUGACUUCCUGCCCUGUCCUGGCUGCACUACUCGCAAACCACGAGUGAUCAUCGGCUUCAGGGAUGGCUGUGCAGCUGUGGGAGCCAAUCAAGAAAUAUGGGUGAACGGACGACCUGCGCUGCUCCCAGUCCGAGUGUGCAGGGGCGUGGUCGCACGCUGGGCUGAGGGCUCCCAGGUUAUCAUCGAGAGGUCCCCCACGCUGCGGGUGCUGGUGGGGCCGGAAGGGGCCGUGGCCCUACGGGCCUCCCCCGCGCUCCAAGGACGCCUCCGAGCAGCCUGCGGGGACUACAACGGAAUUGCAGCCGACGACCUGAUACUCCCAGGAGGACUCCGGGGUGCCAGCCUAACCGACGUGUUCCAGGCGUGCCGGGCUCGGGGCUUCAACAACUGCACGGAGAAGCCUGUUACUCCAACCGUGACACAACACUUCGCCUGACGCCGUCCCUCUGGUGUCCCCGUGGCUGGGACCUCCUGACACACACCUGCCCUUGGGAUGGGAACCCACGGACCUCCCCGAGAUUGUUUUAAUAAAUAACAUGACCAAA